ACAGGAAUGUUUUGGCUGACUUUUUCUGUGGUUUUACUGGCCUGAUGAGGCUGUUGCAUGGUGGAAGAGCUGCAAGCCUUCAGUUAAUUCAGAGCGACUCCGAUGAUGAUAGUGACAGUGCUUGGGAUGGACGGCUUGGAGACCGUUACAAUCCUCCAGCGUCAGCUUGGGCUCUGUCGAAACAGUAGUUUCUCCCAUGGAGAAUGUUCACGGGUGGCUUCACACUUUCUGCCCAACAGCUUCACGUACACAGACUCGUAUGUCCAGAAAGCAUUCUGUGGCAUUUAUUCGCAGGAUGGAAACAUCUUCAUGUCAGCUUGCCAAGACCAGUAUAUUCGCCUGUAUGACACCAGGAAUGGGAAGUUUAAGAACUUUAAAACAAUCAAAGCCCGUGAUGUUGGUUGGAGUGUACUGGAUGUAGCAUUCACUCCUGAUGGAGCAUGCCUUCUCUAUUCGAGCUGGUCUGAUUACAUUCAUAUAUGUAAUGUCUUUGGAGAUGUCGAGAAUCAUACUGCAUUGGAUUUAAAUCCUGAAGAACGCAGGUUUUGUGUAUUUUCCAUCACUGUUUCCUCUGAUGGCAGGGAAAUUCUAGGAGGGGCCAAUGAUGGAUGUCUGUAUGUGUUUGACAGAGAGCAAAACAGCAGAACACUUAAGAUUGACUCCCAUGAAGAUGAUGUCAAUGCCGUGGCAUUUGCAGAUGUCAGCUCCCAGAUACUGUUCUCAGGGGGAGAUGAUGCACUUUGCAAAGUAUGGGACCGUCGCACUCUAAGGGAGGACAGCCCUCAGCCAGUGGGAAUACUUUCAGGGCAUCGAGAUGGGAUUACUUUCAUUGACAGCAAGGGUGAUGCAAGGUAUCUGAUUUCUAAUUCUAAGGAUCAGACAAUAAAGCUAUGGGACAUCCGAAAGUUCUCCCCUAAAGAAGGACUUGACGCCUCUCGUAUGGCAGUUAUUCAGCAAAACUGGGAUUAUCGAUGGCAGCAGGUGCCAAAAAGAGCUUUAAAGAAACACAAACUACCAGGUGACACGUCCCUAAUGACAUAUCGUGGUCAUGGGGUUCUUCACACACUGAUCCGAUGCAGAUUUUCCCCAUCCUUCACUACAGGACAGCAGUAUGUCUACAGUGGUUGCUCCACAGGCAAAGUUGUCAUUUAUGAUGUAUUGACUGGUAAGAUUGUUAAGAAACUUUCAAACCACGAAGCUUGUGUACGUGAUGUGAGCUGGCAUCCAUAUGAAGAAAAAAUUGUUAGUAGUUCGUGGGAUGGACAUGUCAGGCUGUGGGAAUACAGACAAGCUGAGUAUUAUGAAGAUGAUCUUGCAGCAGUCAACUGUAAAGGCAUGGAGUUUGCAAGUGUGAAAUGAGAUCAAGUGCAAGGAGCAUCAGCCUUCCUACCACCUAUCUAACAAUGAGCGCAAUGCUAUUGAAGAGGACUUUGUGCUCCAUUUUUAACAAAUCUACUGACUCUGAGAUUGUCAGGAACUGGGGGAGCAUCAAUAGCCUUUAUUUACUAGAAUUAAGAAAUGAACCUUCCUUCGUACAGGAAAUGGACUUCUGUACAUUUUUUCUAGAUCUGGUAGCCCUUUGGGGGCCAAAAUUCAGACUUUUGUGUUUUGCCAUUGGUAUGUUUGUAAAUAUUUGGCUGCAGGGCAGUCCUGUUCAGAGGCAGAAAUACUUCCUUCGUUUUUCUGGUGUGAAGUUCUUUACCAGCUACAGUUGCCUCAGAAGUCUAACUUGCAAUAGUGUGUAACACAUAUGUCUAUAAAACAGAAAGUUGGUUGCAGAAGAGCUGCCUACUGUGUGCAUGCACUCUGCUACUCAAACUAUAGAAUGUUAAUUUCUUUUUUAUGAGAGAGGAUUGGCAGAAAAAUGAAUGACUGUUAUCAGUUAAGCAUGUUUCUGUUUCAUCUAGGUCAGGUGUGGUCAUUAAUUAGGAGUGGCACUGUCUUCGCCAUAGCUGACACACAGUGUGGGAUUUAGCUGAGAUCACAGUCUCAGGACUGAAUUUAUGUAGGAUUUGCCUUUAAGUUGCUGCUUUUUUCCUGGUUUUUUUUUUUUUUUUUGAGGGAAUAUAGUGGGGUUUUAUGUUGCAGAGUGAAUGCUACAGGAAGACAAAGCAAAGCAAGGCUGGCCAGUAGUGUAUUGAUCUUGAGUUGCAGAAGAAAGACAAUACAUGGUAUGGUGACUUAGAGCUGUGCUUUCAGCCUUGACUUUGAUUUUUAACCUAUGGUUAGAAUUCAGGAUAAGUUAAUUAGUUGAAAUAAUUAUUGAUUAAGCUCUCGUCUAUUUUGACACAUUGUAAUAGCACAACUGCACUGAAAUCUGAAGAGGGAAAGUGUUCUUUGGUCUUUGUAGGGUUACCCUUUUACAAAUAGGAUCAGUCUUCAAGUAAUAAGAUGGUUUCCAAUAUCUACAGAAUGUGCCAUAGUGUAGUACUGAUAAUAAAAGGCAACAGAAGCCUUCAGGUAAAUUGAUAACUCAGGGCUAGAAAAAAGUCAUCCCUAAAGGAAAAUAGAGGUGCAAAAUUAUUUUAAAUAUAAAAUGGGAUCAUAGAUGUAUAGUGACUUUUAGGAAAGUUCAUACAAUGUUAUUUUAAAUGGCACAUUGUUGUGACUUGUACCUGAAAGUAGUUUGGAGAUUUUGCUCUUUUCUUUUAUUGACACUGCAUUGUAACCAUUUUAUAAAGCAUUGUGGCAUCAUUUAUUUAAUUUAUUUAAAUCUGUUAACCAUGGUAGAACUCUGUUCACAGCUGACCCAUUUCAGAUUCUGUCCCAAAGAAAACAAAAUAAGAAAAUUUUGUGAUGUUAUUUACAAUUAGAAGUCCACCUUGUAUCCCAAACAGAGAGCAAAACAUGCCUAAAGCAUAUGGUGUAAUCCAGCUAGUAGGCAACUUGAUAACAUGUCAUGAGAAUUAACAAACAUACGUGUGUGUGUGUGUGUGUGUGUGUGUGUGUGUGUGUGUGUGUGUGUGUGUGUGUGUGUGUGUGUGUGUGUUCCAUGAUGAAUCCACAGAAUGGUAACGUAAUGCUGUGGUGUUGAAUAUGCAGUGACCACUUGAUAUGAGAUGCUUUCUUGUGCAGGUAUUGAAACCUCAGUAAACUUUUUAUAGGCUUUCAGACUGUAACCGGACAUAAAAUCUUUUCCUUUUAAUAUUCA